AUGAAGAUCACGGUGCGGGGGUCGGAGAUGGUGUACCCGGCGGCGGAGACGCCGCGGCGCCGGCUCUGGAACUCGGGGCCCGACCUGGUGGUGCCGCGGUUCCACACGCCGAGCGUCUACUUCUUCCGCCGCAAGGACGCGGACGGGAACGACCUGACGGCCCCGGACGGCAGCUUCUUCGACGGGGCGCGGAUGCGGCGCGCGCUGGCGGAGGCGCUGGUGCCCUUCUACCCGAUGGCGGGGCGGCUGGCGCGCGACGAGGACGGCCGCGUCGAGAUCGACUGCAACGCCGGCGGGGUGCUGUUCCAGGAGGCGGACGCGCCCGACGCCACCAUCGACUACUUCGGCGACUUCGCGCCCACCAUGGAGCUCAAGCGCCUCAUCCCCACCGUCGACUUCUCGGACGACACCUCCUUCCCGCUGCUCGUGCUCCAGGUGACCCACUUCAAGUGCGGUGGCGUGGCUAUCGGCGUUGGCAUGCAGCACCACGUAGCCGACGGCUUCUCCGGCCUGCACUUCAUCAACUCGUGGGCGGACCUCUGCCGCGGCGUCCCGAUCGCCGUCAUGCCCUUCAUUGACCGCUCCCUCCUCCGCGCGCGUGACCCGCCGACCCCGACCUACCCGCACAUCGAGUACCAGCCGGCGCCCGCCAUGCUGUCCUCUGAGCCGCCACAGGUGGCCCUCACGGCCAAGCCGGCGACGCCGCCCGCAGCCGUGGCCAUCUUCAAGCUCUCCCGCGCCGAGCUCGGCCGCCUGCGUUCGCAGCUCCCCCGUGCGCGAGGGCGCGCCGCGGUUCAGCACCGGCUGCAGCCGCCGCUGCCGGAGGGCUACUUCGGCAACGUGAUCUUCACGGCGACGCCGCUGGCCAACGCCGGCACAGUGACGGCCGGGGUGGCGGAGGGCGCUGGCGUGAUCCAGGCGGCGCUGGACCGGAUGGACGACGGGUACUGCCGGUCGGCGCUGGACUACCUGGAGCUGCAGCCGGACCUGUCGGCGCUGGUCCGCGGGGCGCACACGUUCCGGUGCCCCAACCUGGGGCUCACCAGCUGGGUGCGCCUGCCCAUCCACGACGCGGACUUCGGGUGGGGCCGGCCCGUGUUCAUGGGCCCCGGCGGCAUCGCGUACGAGGGGCUCGCGUUCGUGCUCCCCAGCGCCAACCGCGACGGCAGUCUGUCCGUGGCCAUCUCGCUGCAGGCGGAGCACAUGGAGAAGUUCCGGAAGCUCAUCUACGACUUCUGA